AUGGAGUGCAAUAAGCGUGUGGGUGCAUCAGCAGAAGAGGAGAAGAGAAGGCCAGAGGGUGAGGAAGAUAAUACUAGAGAUGCUGGCACUAGCGUUGUCAGUGAAGAGCUGGAUUUGGUACAAAGGUAUCUUACCUGCUUGCCUGAAAGAUACAGGGAAGCAAAAUUCGCCUUGGCUGCGUAUCUCACCUGCUGGCUAGUGAUGAAACUCUGCAAGAAAGCCUGUGAGAAAAGACUCUCUGCUUCUGAAAAGACUCCAGAACCAGUUGAAAACUACGUCAGUGAAGGAGAGUUUGAGGAUGAUCUGAGCUCUUCCACCCCUAGCACACAAGAGCUGGAGAUACGUGGAUCAAGCCAAGAAACAGAUGAAGAUUAUUUUGAGACCCUAUCACAUCAGAGUGAAUCUUUGUCUGAUGUAAAAACUGAGCCUUAUGAGAGUGCAUCAGAAACAGAAUCUGUUGCCAGUGAUUUAACUGGGGAAACUUGCUUGGAUUCAAAUUGUCUCUCUGCUGAAAAAAAAGAUCUCUGCUGUAGUCUUUCUAAAGCAAAGGUAGACACAACUAAUGAACCUAAGUGCUCGAGGCACCCGGAAUUUAGGCAGCAGGUGCAGUUAGAAGCGUCUUCCAAAAUAAAAGCAACACCAAGGAAAAAUGAAUUUCACAUACAAAUGUCAAAGUCAGAAGGUGAAGAAGAGGGCGAUGAAAAACAAACAUUAACUAGUGUUAUUUCCAACCUAGAGAACAAAGUGAGUCAACAGAACAUUGUAUCAAAGACAGACAAAAAGGUGAUAGUAGAAGGAUUGCAAGCUAAAGCAGAGUUUGAAAGCAGUACAGUGCAAUCCUGUGUCGACUCAGUACUUGCUGAAGAUGCUGUUGCAAGACAGAAAAAACAGUCUGCAGCAUUAAGUAUUGCUUGUUUCAAAGCAAGCUCCGAAAGUUGUUUGAUUUUUCCUGAGGUACAGAAACUUCCUUUCCAGUCAGAUGCAGCACCAAGCUGUAGUUUGCCUAAUAUUCAUUUUGAAACAAAUGGAACUUACGAUGGGAGUCACGCUGGGGCAUCUGAGUAUAAAUGUGAGCUAGGUCCUUUGUCCAGUAUAAAAUGUCAUAGGGAGAACUUGGUUAAUAGUGAUGAAAUCACAUGUAAAAGGAUAAAACAAGGAAGCACGGAGGCCAUGUUGGCAUCAGAUUCGUUCUUUCACCAGAGCCACCUCAAAUCAAAAUCUCAGCCACCACUCAUUCGACCAGAGAUUGCAGAAAGGAAGACAUGGCAUAGUGUACCUGAAAAUAUAAGUGCUCUGAAUAUGGGAGAGUAUGUGGGGGAUUGUUAUCAUCUAACAGAUAAAUUUAGGUGGUCAUGUUCCAGAAUACAUCUUCAAGGACUAGAUUUUGAAUAUGCUUCAAAAAACUUAGAAAGGGUAGCGAUCAGCCCUGAAAAAGCCGUAAAAGUAGAUGGCGAAUCUGGCAUAAAAAGAUCCCUUCUUAAUACCAGCAAAGAUUUAAAUGGAGAUCAGCUUUCUCAACCAGCAGAUUCACACCAAUAUGUGGAUUGUAAUUUGCACUCUAAAUCAGAGACAUGUGGCCUUAGCCCAGAAACAGCAGAUACAUGUGCUGAGAGCUCAUCUUCAGCAUGGAGAAAUGCUGAUGUGUGUGAUCCAAAACAAAAAGAGACUUCUUCUGCCCUGGCUUGUGAGCCGGUGAUCAUAAAUGCUGAAGAACUAGUGAAAAAUGAUCAGUACAAAUCUGAGAAGGAUCUGGAAGCAUGCAGAUUCCCUUGUGAUAUUAAUGCUGAAUCUGGCAUUGGUGACACUGACAAUGCAGUGUCCUGUCUUGUAGGUUUUCCUGAUGUUGCAGAAAACAGAGAUUGGGGUUAUUCUGUGAACUACGUUUCCCCAGGUAGAAAGCCACAGAACACAUUGGAGGACAGUGGCCUUGAUGGCCUUGAUUCUCAGUUGUCAGGUAGAGAGGUCAUGGUAGAGAAAAGAGGGUUAAAGGCUACUUCUAACAUUCUCUUUGGUUGGAAAGCCCUGGAAACUACAUUGCAACCAGGUGGCAGUGACACUAGAGCAAAGCACAAAGAUUCAAUGCAGCAAAAUACAAGUUGUAAAACCGGUGCCUUAAGUUGUUGCUCUGAGCAAGUAACAAAUGAACAUCCUACUUUUCAAAGAAAGGAUGAGGACAGUGUCUUUGCUCUUGAAAUGACUCCCAGUUCAGAUUAUAUAGAUCAGGGAAAGCAUUUAAUGAAUUUUCCAGAGGUAAAGCCUGCCUUGAUUAUAGUAUCUGUAGAGCAGAAAGGAUUGCAGUCCAAGACACUGAAUGAUGACCUUUCUACUGAAACAGUAACCAGAACACGGAGAGACCUGGUGAGCAGUGAUUUGGUGUCUCCUCAUAUUGUCAGCAAACCUCAUGAUGAUCCAGAAAGAGUUCUGAAUAAAUGCUGUAGCUGCAAAGAGCAAAUUCUAUCCAUAUACCCCUUUCCUAGUGGUGCAGAGGUGCUCUCUGCUUGGGAUACGGCUGAAAUAAAAUCAGAAGUUUCACAACAGAAAUUGGAGAAAACAGAUUUGGUUUCAUCCUUAGGUUUCAGCUGUAGUAAUUGCACAGUAACAAGUGGAAAGGUGGAAUUUGGAAGUGUUAAUUUACCUUUGGACAAUGAUAUACUUGUUGCAGAAGACAGAGCAGAUGAAAGCAGUGAAGCACUCCUGAAAUCCCAUAGCAGAACUGCCAUAAGGACUUCUGAGGUUGAGCCCCACAGAACAAGGACGCAUUCUGAGUUAGAAUUGAAAAAGUCAUGGACUGAAACAAGAGAUGACCAGGUGACCAAGGAAAAGGAAUUCAAGGUACAUCAAGGUAGAGAGGAAGACAAAUGUAUAACCACUGCAGUAGCACUGGAAGAGGACGGUGUAAGCAAUCUAUAUGAGGGAGAUGGUGCUGAUGAUGACCUUCAAGGCCCCAACAUCACCUGCAAACAAGGAACAGGCAUGGAAACAACUAAAGGCUGUUAUGGUUCAAAGGAACAAAUAAAUAUUUAUGAAGAUCCUUCUACUAGAGAAAGAAAAGGGGGGGAUGCUAUGGAAGACACAGCCAGCAAAGACAAUGCACUGAAUCUGGAUGUGCCCGAUGUCUUUAACUGUUCUGGGAAAAGGGAGAACCAUAAUGUCUGCAGACUAGGCCUGGAUAACAUAAGCAUGUGCAGCACCAACAGUGAGGAGAUGGAUGAAAGCUCCUGCCACAUCCUGGGAAGUAACAGCAGUCUCCAUAAAGCUGUGCAAAAAACAACAAAGAAUGGGAAUACUGGGAGAUCUCCCAGGUUUUUGGUUUUUUCAAAAAUGACCUCUUUCAGGAAAACAAAGCCUGCUACGGCAGAAAGUCAAGGAAGCAGCAGCUUCUUUGGUAUCAAGUUUCCACAGGAAGGAAAGCUAUGGGUCUGA